GGGGGUCCGGGACUCCCCGCGGGGAGAAGAGGAAGGCUGGAAGUCCUGGAGGGACAGGGUCCCCGGGAGCAGAGAGGAAAGCGCUGCGGGAGGGGUCGCCCGGAGGCCGCCCGGGCAUGGGCGGUGCAGCCAGUCUGAGCGCCCCCCGCGCGCUGGUGCUCGGGGCUGCACUGGGGGCCGCAGCUCACAUCGGACCGGCACCUGACCCCGAGGACUGGUGGAGCUACAAGGAUAAUCUCCAGGGAAACUUCGUGCCAGGGCCUCCCUUCUGGGGCCUGGUGAACGCAGCCUGGAGCCUGUGUGCCGUGGGGAAGCGGCAGAGCCCCGUGGAUGUGGAGCUGAAGAGGGUUCUUUAUGACCCCUUCCUGCCCCCACUGAGGCUCAGCACUGGGGGCGAGAAGCUCCGGGGAACCCUGUACAACACCGGGCGCCACGUGUCUUUCUUGCCUGCACCCCGGCCGGUGGUCAAUGUGUCUGGGGGUCCCCUCCUUUACAGCCACCGGCUCAGUGAACUGCGGCUGCUGUUUGGAGCCCGGGAUGGGGCAGGCUCUGAACACCAGAUCAACCACCAGGGCUUCUCUGCUGAGGUGCAGCUCAUCCACUUCAACCAGGAACUUUAUGGGAACCUCAGUGCUGCCUCCCGGGGCCCCAAUGGCUUGGCCAUUCUCAGCCUCUUUGUCAAUGUGGCUGGCAGCUCAAACCCAUUCCUCAGCCGCCUCCUUAACCGCGACACCAUCACCCGAAUCUCCUACAAGAAUGAUGCCUACUUUCUUCAAGACCUGAGCCUGGAGCUCCUGUUCCCGGAAUCCUUCGGCUUCAUCACCUAUCAGGGCUCUCUCAGCACCCCGCCCUGCUCCGAGACUGUCACCUGGAUCCUCAUUGACCGGGUCCUGAAUAUCACGUCCCUCCAGAUGCACUCCCUGAGACUCCUGAGCCAGAAUCCUCCAUCCCAGAUCUUCCAGAGCCUCAGCGGGAACGGCCGGCCCCUGCAGCCCUUGGCCCACAGGGCCUUGAGGGGCAACAGGGACCCCCGGCACCCGGAGAGGCGCUGCCGAGGCCCCAACUACCGCUUGCAUGUGGAUGGUGCCCCCCACGGUCGCUGAGACUCCCCACCGAGGAUUGCGCCUGCCCUUCCCAGCCCUACCCAAGAGGGGAGGGGAGUCACCCCCAAAACAAAGCUAUUAAAGGGACAGAACACUUCCUGUU